UCGACCUAAUAUGAUUUACGAGUGUAACGGCCAAUUCAGUUAGUUCGUUACAUUAAUGUGAACGUUUUAGUUUCGUACUCUGUAUUUCAUAUUGAGCCUAGUGUAUUGCCGAGUGUUUCGCAAAACAUUCGUCGUCGACGAUCGCGAAUCAAAGCUAAUCGCCAAUUUUCGGUACAUUUUGCCAUGUUUUAGUCGGCCGGUUUUCGAAUAAAUCGUCCAUGCUAUUCGGCACAAUGUUUUUCGCCAAAUCGCUGACGCUUUUUCUUGGCGUACUUUGUGUAGGUUGCACGUCUGGUUCGAAACUCAAUGUUCCCCGCGUGCUGUUGCCCGUGUUCGACGCGUUCACGGUGAAUUUCAACAUAGAAGCAACAGACGACGGUUGCUACAAAUGGUCGAUAUUUCGCGGGGACAGCAUCAUCAAACUCGUCCCGUUGGACGUAAAUCCGACGUUAGGAUGUUCAGGCAAAGCGUCUGUGUCCUCUGUAUCCAACGAGAAGAUGCGUCAGAUAGCAAUUAUCUUUGCAGAAGAUGCCAACUCUGGUGAAACAAUACGUUGUGAUGUUAUUGUUGAUACUAUAGCAUCUUUGCACAUCGUCACAAAAACCAGAGAGCUAUUUGUUGGAGACGCACCUGAGCUGUUUGAAGUAUCUGCAUUUGAUGACCAAGGAAAUCAGUUUACAACAUUAGAUGGUGUAGAAUUUCAAUGGUCAUUAAAAGUUCUAAGAAAUCCAAUAAAUAAAGUCUUAAGAUUUAUAUCAUUCAAAGAUUCUUCGUACCGAACUCCUCCAGACCUGUAUGAAUUAGAUCAAAAAAAUAGACAAGGUCAUAUGGUCCUUGUUGAAGGAGUUAAGACUGGUUCAGCAUUAGUUUCCGUAAAACUAUCUGCAUCUGAAAAACCCUCUACACAAGUUGAACUAUCAGUCAUAGCAAAUUUAAGACUUGAACCUUCACAUGUUACCAUCUUACCUGGUGAUCUUAUCCAAAUAGAUAUUUAUCAAAUACAAAAUGAAAAAUUAGUUAAAAUUCAACUACCAUCCAAUCAAUAUUAUAUUGAAACCGAUCCAUCUACAAAAUCUAAUCUACUGAAAAUUGAAAAUGAUUCUGGUCUCUUCCAAGGUAUUAAAAGUGGUCAAGUCAGGCUAAAUUUAAUAGAUAUACAUGCUGAAUCUAAAAAUGAUACUAUUCCUAAAUCUAUCAGCAGUUUUGUUAGUAUUUCCAAAGCAGAUUAUCUGUCAAUUGUUGUUAAACCAUACAACCGCCAUAAUUUAAUUAUUGAUAAUUUAUAUGAACUGGAAGUUCAUCUAUUUAACAACCAUAAUCAAUCAAUUAACAUUGGACCCAAUGUGUUAAUUAUGAUGAAUUUACCUGAAGAAUAUUUCAAUAUUUUAAGUACUGUCAUUAAUGGAUCAUAUGUUGUUGUCCAACCAAUUAAAUUGGGAACACCAAAAAUAGAAGCAUCAUUAAUGAAACCUUAUUAUGAUAUCAGAUCUUCAGUUAGUACUACUGUAACUAUUUAUUCAAAAGUGAAAGUUACUCCGCAUAUUCUUGUGUUUCCAUGGCAUGCAAAUCAAAAUGAUGGGUUACAAUUUGCAUUGAAAGCUUCUGGCGGAGAUAAAAAAUACAGUUGGGAUACUAAAGAUGCAACUGUAAGUACUGUAUCAUCAACUGGACUUAUCACUGCUCAAGGAUUAGGAAAAACAUAUGUUUCGGCCACCAUGACAAGAGAUUCAUUAAAUCAAGAUGAUGCUAGUAUUUAUGUACUUGUACCAGAAGACUUGAAAAUAAUAGCUCAGUCAGUAGAACAAGAAGUAGGCAAACCUAUUAUUUUACAUAUACAAUUAUUUGUGAAAUUACCUGACAGAGAAAGAACUGUCUGUACAGCAUGUAAUCAUAAUCAAUUUAAAAUUGAAAUAGAAGAUUCUCAAUUUACACUUAAGUAUUUGGACUCUAAUUCUCUGGUAAAUGAUUCCUGUGCUACAUUUGCUUUAAGCUCGCAGUCAGUUGCAUCUACAAAAGUUACUGUCUCUUUUCAUACAACUAAUUCAGUUUUAAAAGCAAUGGUUAUUGUGAGUACUUAUAAAAAAUUAGUUCCACUGCGUCCAGAAUCUAAACGUACAGUUUUAGCACCGGGUUGCUCAACUACUUUGUUGUUUUAUGGUGGUCCACAACCUUGGUUGGGUCAUAGUGCUGGUUAUAAAGUAGAUUUUAAAGUUGAUGAAAAUCUUGUAACAUUCAAUGAACUUACUGUGAUUCGUGAUGUUGAUGGACAUAAGACUUAUGCAUACACAAUUACUUGUGAAAAUUUUGGAUCAACUAAAGCUAAUCUAACUAUUAAGAGUAUUCCAGUCGUUAAUAGAUUUAAAUCAGAAAUAAUUUCAAAGACAUCAGUAGAAGUGUUAUGUGCUUCACCAAAGUUUGUCAAAGUAUUUGCCAUUGAUACUGAAAAUAAUUGUCCACUUUCCAAAAUACCUAAUAAUAUUGUUGCUUAUAUACAUGAAAAACUAUUUGUUCGAGUUAAUGUGAUGGAUGAAGAUGGUAAUAUUUUUGAUAAUGCUACAAUGAUAAAUGCAAGUUGGAUUAUUGCAGAUUCUGAAUUUGUAAGGGUUGUCAAAUCAUUUGAUUUAAAUGAAAUCACUGAGUAUGGUUUUUCAUUUCCUAAUUAUCAUUAUAGUGUUUUACUACCUUUAAGUAAAGAGGGUAAUACUGAAGCUAUUUUUGAGUUAACAGGGUACAAAAAACAAUUUCUUGUUCCAAAUAACUCUCCAUUUGGUUCUUUUUUAACAUCUAAUGAAGAAGUGUUAGAUAUAGUUCCAAAAAUUAAAUAUUCUGUGUCACUCCUUUUAUUUGAUGAUCCUCGUUUAACACAUGAAGACAUGCUAGUUAUUCAUAGUCCAAGAAUUACAAAAUCAAUUUAUGGCCAUCAAGGAAGUGGAUAUUUUAAAAUAAAUUUGAGUACACAAAAAGUAGCUAAAGUAGUACAUACUGGAGGAAGACAAAUAGACAUAAGUCCAUUAUCUUCAGGAGAUUUAAUAAUAAGCAUUAACGAUCUAUGUGUCAAAUCUAAGCCAGGUGAAGCUACAUUUAAAGUGCGAGAUAUCUAUCGAAUGGAAUUAUUAACAAAUACUUUUGUUGAAAUUGGACAAACCAUAAGAGCUAUAGUAAAACUGUACGAUUCUGAAGGUCAUCCUCUUCCUAUUCAACCAGAAGUAGUCAAUAUUUUACCUACAGUUGAAAUAAAUUCUUUACUAUCAAUUAAACCAGAACCUAGUAAAGCUGAUCAAAUAUAUGAGGCAGAGUUUUCUAUUACAGGAUCUUUGUUGGGGAAAACCAAUUUAUUUUUCAGUACUUAUGUGUUUCCUACAAAAGAAAUUCGUACAUCAACUUCUUCUAUUCAUGUAUAUUCUCAACUUCAAUUAUCUCCUAAAAAUUUGACUUUAGCUGUUGGUUCAAGUUAUCAACUAAUAGUUUCUGGAGGACCACAUUUAGAAUGUGUAUUUGAAUUUAUGUCCGAUGAUGAUAGAGUUACCAAAGUAUCAAAUGAAGGAAUUGCAAAAGGUUUAAAGAUAGGAACUGUUACGAUUACUGGUAUGGCUGUUGGUGUUGAUGUGAUAAGCGGAAUGAAAGUAGUUUACUCAAAAGAUACAAUUUCAAUUAGAGUUAUUAAAUUAAAUAAUAUAAAAAUUGAAGCGCCGUUAUUCAAGUUAAAAGUUGGAGAAGUGAUGCCAGCUUGGGUUCGUGGUGUACCUGAUGCUCUAAGCCCAAUUAUAAUUGGCACUAUUCAACCAUCACUAGUAUUCCAUUGGACCACAUCGUCUACUGGUAUUGUUCAAAUUUAUGACAUUUUAGAGAAUACGGGAAUAUUGAUACGCGAACAAGAUAGAAUAUCAGUUCGUAUUCGUGCUGUUAAAACUGGAAAUACAAGAGUUAGUGUUUCUGUAUCGGAUCCAUCUACAAAAGUUAUUUUUACUAACUUUAUUGAUGUAUCUGUUUAUGAAGAAAUGCAUUUGAUUUCACAUAGUUUGUUAUUAAAUAGUUUGAUAGUAACUCCAAAUACUGAAUUCACUUUAAUGACAAAUAAAAAUAAAGUAGCCAAACAAUCAUUUCGAGUAGUAGAUAGCUGUAAAUUUGAUAAUUACAGUGAUACUCUUGAUAUAUCGGUAGAUGAAAAUUCUGGGAUUGUUAAAACAACAAAUGAACUUGGGCGUGCUCAUGUAUUCAUUACUUCUACAGAAGAUUUAAAUAUUGUGCAAUCUUUAGAUGUACCUAUUGAAGUAAAACGAGUAAAUUAUGUGAUGAUUAAUAUUAAAACCGAU